AUGGGCAGAGAGCCAACCAGUGCCAGCUGCCAUACAUGUCGCCGCCGCCGGAUUAGAUGCGACAAGGGGAAGCCAUCGUGUGCCCAGUGUCAAAAGUCCAAGUAUGAAUGUCUCGGAUACGAGCGAAUCCUGCGAAUCCAAAGCCAUGGAGUUGGGCUGAGCAAAGAGCCUGGCCGCCUGAGCUUGGUCAAAAUCGGUCAAUCGGAUUCCUUUCCUACCAAGGUGCCGAUUGGCAAUGAUGAUUCCCCAGAUUGCAGACAGAAGAGGCAUCGGCGGCAGAAGACUGGCGAUGCUUCACCAACAGCAGCAAUCCACUUACCGCAGCCUCUAAUCAGUCAAUCCAUACGACUAAGUCUGGACCCAUUCAUCGACAACAUCACCUUCUCCUACUUUUUCGAUGCCUACAGCUGGAUCAAUGUUCACAGCAUCCUCCUUCAAGACACGCCGAUGCGCCAGCAUCUCACCGAGCAGAGAGACGAGCUAGGCUAUGACAGCCUUCGUGCGCUGGCAUAUGGGAUCUUUGGUCGAGAUCAUCAGGUCGAGGUCCUGCAGCAAAAAGGCGAGCGGAUCUACGGCACAAUCCUCCAGAAGCUGCAAUCGAGGCUCAUCACAGCGUCCAAGCCGGAGUUGGCAGCUCUCAUCAAGCCCAUAUCCAUCAUGGGAUCGUAUGCGCUUGCCAAUGCGCUUGUUCAACGCCAUGGCACAUUUCUCGAACAAGACCAGUGGAAGACAGUCCCGUGGUCGUCGUCUCUGGAAACGAAGACAAACACAAACAAGCUUCUUGACAUAAUCUCCGGCCUUCCCGGUAUCAUUCAAAAAACUGACAAGGUUCUCAAUGAACGCUCUCAAUGGGUUGCAGGCGAUUCCGGCAUCGUUCGUGAGGAAACUCCAACCACGGUUUCCGAUCUUCAAGACCAGCUAGAGUCCCUGUUCUUGGACCUAAUUGCGUGGCGCUAUCACUGGUCUUUGGACAACUUUCCCACUGCACAAAAUAUCCUCGAUUGGGCAUUGUUUCGAGUCAGCGAUGAAUCAUAUCGACCCGGCAUCUACCAUGUUCAAGGCCCCGACGUGUACGGAUUGAACCUCGGUGCGACCGUCGAUCUAGACAUUCCUUUUGGAUUGACAAACGAUGCUCAAAAGGAUCUUCAUGCAAAUACCAAUACCUUUGCUCUAAUGCAAGAGGCUUCGCUAUACCUAACAGCUCUGAUUAGCAUAGAGCGGCUGCGCAAAAACCUCGCCGGAGCCGCUCGUGCCGCGGAUGCGAUUGACUUCUAUAAUGCGCCUUUCUUCUCAACAUGUCGAUGCUACUUUGACAAUCCUGGACCAUCACGACUUUGCCAGAUAUUCCCAGAACCGAGUGACUCUAUGAGCACUACUGCGUCAUGGAACAUUAACUCCGCUAGAAUAGCCGAAUCUCCCAUCAGAUCAUUAAGUAGCGAUAACAGCGGGACAUUUGCCCUGCCAACAGGUGAUUCAUCCGAUGGGGAUGCUCCCUUGGGCAUCACUGGAACGACACUUCUCCCCGGAGAUGGUCGCUUCUCUGCACAACUGCGAAUAUUGAAUUGGCUGACCAAACAUCUGCCGGAGAGUCGAGCUCAUGUUUUGGGCACACUCGCGGCAAUGGGGCUGAGCCACUGUGUUCACGACGUUCGCCCAUCAGAGGGGAAUGAGUACAUUGCUGAGACCGUCCGCGAGACAAUGAUGAAGUCGAGAUUUGGAGAUGCAGCAGAAGUCUUGCUAAAGAAAUAUCGGUGA